CGUGGCCCGCCGGCUAACACAUCUUCCUCAUUUUAGCUUCAUUUCUCUCGUCUCUUCUAACGUCUCUCUCCCUUCCCUCUAACCCCUUAUCUUUCCACAAACGAGAAAAAAAAAAUGGCAACCUUUCCCGGUGUUUCACCGCGGAGAUGGCGAGAGAGAGCCUCGAGAGGUCUCAUCUCCGCUCUCAGUCUCUUAGUUUUCGCCUUCUUGGAUCUUGCGGACUUCGUUCUGUGCUUCUUCUAUAGGUUUGUUGAUGGAUUUCUUGACGAGAAUCCCAUCCCAUGCUACUGCUGGAACAGAAGAGAGAAACAGGGGAGUCCAGAUGGGGUGGGAGAAGAGGAGGAGGUCUCAGAGACAUUGUAUGGAAGGAAGAAUCUUUUCAGGGAAAUUUGCCUUGUUUGUAUUGGGGGAAGGAGCAGUGAAAGGGAAGAAAAGAGAGGUUCAAGGUCUAGAGGCCGAUGGUCAGACUGCGGUUGUGAGUCGUGUGUGUCGUCGCAGCAGGGGAAGGAAGAGGAGAAGCUUUACUUGAUGGUGAGAGAGCCGUCUCAAGCUAGAACUGGAAAUUACAAGGGGAAUUCUUUUGAAAAUGUGAUUUUCUUACAUGGGUUCCUUUCUUCUUCAUCAAUGUGGCUAGAGACAGUUUUUCCGAAUCUCUCUGAAGUUGCAAAGCGUGAUUUUAGGAUGUUUGCAGUGGAUCUCUUGGGUUUUGGUAGAAGUCCAAAGCCAACAAAUUGUAUGUAUAGAUUGAAAGAACAUUUAGAAAUGAUUGAGAAAUCUGUACUCAAACCAUUUCAGUUGAGCUCUUUUCACUUAGUUGCUCACUCAAUGGGUUGUAUAAUCGCAUUGGCCUUAGCAGCAAAAUAUCCUGAUUCUGUUAGAUCAGUCACAUUGAUUGCCCCACCAUACUUUUCUUCAACUGAAGUGAGAGCUAGUCACACUGCCUUGAACAGAUUAGCUGAAAGGAAAAUUUGGCCGCCAUUGCUCUUCGGGUCUUCAAUUAUGUCAUGGUAUGAACAUUUGGGUAGAACUGUUUGCUUCAUUUAUUGCAGAAAUCAUGCCAUGUGGGAAUGGAUUUUGAAGCUAUUCACAUGGAGAAGGGAUCUGAACUUCAUGAUUACAGACUUAACAAAGCAUACCCAUCACUCAGCUUGGCACACCAUGCACAAUGUGAUUUGUGGAGCGAUGAAGUUAAUGGAUAAGCACUUGGAAGUUGUGAAUAAAGCAGGAAUUUCAGUGAAAAUAAUUCAAGGA